AUGGAGAGCGGCGCCGACGGGCGCCUGGACGCCGCCGCCUUCCUCGGGGCCUGGCGGCGCUUCGACGCCGACGACAAUGGUUACAUAGAAGGGAAGGAGCUUGACGAUUUUUUUCAUCAUCUCCUGGAGAAACUGGGACCAGAAAGCACCAUCACAGAAGAAAAAGUUCAGAGAAUGAAGGAGCAAUUCAUGUCUGUCUACGAUGUUACCACAGAUGGACGCUUGCAAAUCCAGGAGCUUGCAAAUAUGAUCUUGCCGGAUGAUGAGAACUUCCUCCUGCUUUUCCGACGGGAAACUCCCUUGGACAACAGCGUGGAAUUCAUGCGGAUCUGGCGCAGUUACGAUGCUGACAGCAGUGGAUUUAUUUCAGCUGGUGAACUCAAAGAUUUCCUGCGAGAUCUCUUUUUGCAGCAUAACAAGAUGGUUGCUGAAGUAAAGCUGGAAGAAUAUACUGAUACUAUGAUGAAAAUCUUUGAUAAAAACAAAGAUGGGCGACUGGACCUGAAUGACCUGGCAAGGAUUCUGGCACUCCAGGAAAAUUUCCUUCUACAAUUCAAGAUGGAUGCUUGCAGCACAGAAGAAAGGAGGAGAGAUUUUGAGAAGAUCUUUGCACACUACGAUGUUAGUAAAACAGGAGCACUUGAAGGCCCAGAAGUGGAUGGGUUUGUCAAAGACAUGAUGGAACUGGUCAAGCCCAGCAUUAGCGGGGUGGACCUGGACAAGUUCCGCCAGAUCCUGCUCAACCACUGCGAUGUGAACAAGGAUGGGAAAAUUCAGAAAUCUGAACUAGCUUUGUGUCUCGGGCUGAAAAUUAACCCAUAGCUGGGAAAGUGCUUGUGGUUGUGUUUUCCUUGAAAGAUUUGCCUGCUGCUCCUCAUAGAAGUGUGUCCUCUGCUGCUGUGGGAGUGGUGGGGAG